GAAGCUUAUCUCCCUUUGCAGGUUGUUGGACCAGGCAGUAACCGAGGCAGAGGAGCAAUCACUGGUUGUUGACAGUCGACUCUGAACUCUUUUUACUAAAUGUCCAACCUUUGUUUGGGCUGAGGAAUUAUGAUCAAAUCCCAAAGACGAGCAGCGGUCUCUGUCAGAGUUACUGACGUCAGCAACCUUUAAAGACCAGAUGCUUCCAGAGUGUCUGAUCAGAGCGCGUGAUGGACACAGUCACGUUUACAUUGAUGCUUUUCCUCCUCAGCUGGAGAUGUUAUGCUGAGGAGGAUGCAGAAGGUUUAUUAUGCCCAGAGCACCAGAAGGCAUUUGAUGGAGCUUGCUAUGAGUUAGUGGGUCUGCAGAUGUCCUUUCUGAGAGCACAGGCAUGGUGUGAGCGAGGUGGAGGACAUCUGGUUUUUAUCCUGAAUGAUGAAACGCAGCAGUUCAUUCAGACACACCUGGAGCCGGAGAAGAACUGGUGGCUUGGACUGGCACCUGCAGCUCCAAACCUCACGCUGGACACUGCUGCCACAGAGGGUUCUCUUGCAUGGCUGGAUGGUUCAGAUGUCAGGUAUCAUAACUGGGUAAACCUGCCAGAUGACAAGGCAACUUGUGGACAUAUCCUGAAACAGACAGGCUUCCAGUGGAAGGCCACGGACAACUGUGACCAAGAACUCAACUUUGUGUGCCAGUUUGAUUUUGGAAGAUCGAUUGCGUGCGAAAGCCAAAAUGCCACGCUGCAGUGCGGUUCUGGUCAGGUUAUAGAGGUUGAAGAUGCCUUCUWUGGGAGAAAAACAGUUCACUACUGCCGAUCGCACCUCACAGCCUUACCCACAUCUUCUCUGGAGGAAUGCAGCUGGAUUACUGUGGUCGAUUCUGUAAGAGCUCACUGUCGAGGACUGCAGGCUUGCCAGGCUCCACUGGAUCGAAGCUCCUUCACUGACCCAUGUCCUCUCCUAGGAAGUUAUUUGUUCGUAGAGUACCGCUGCAAAGACGGACUUCGCUUAUUGAUGACGAAACUGGCGUCUAUUUCUGAAAAUGUCACCAUCACUGUGAAGUGGCUCCUUCACCCUUUUCAUGGAAACCUAACAUGUGUUGUGAAUACUGGAGACGGUCACAUUAUUGAUCCAUACAACCCAGCAGAACUGGAGUCCAGCAUUAUCCACAAAUUCCAGCAGCCUGGUGUUUUCACGGUUGGGGUGGAAUGCACCACCAGUGACUGGCAUGUCACAGCUCAGAGAYCAAUAACAAUUCAGGAGCCUGUCGGAGAGUUCACUGCGAUCAAGUGCUAUGGCAGGGACGUGGCAACAGAUGGUGCUGAAUGCAAUGCACUUUCCAGCCUGCCUGUUCACAUCCAGCUGCAGGUGGAGGCAGGUGUAAAUGUUUCCUACACAAUUCAUCACAAAGACAGAGUGAUUGCAAGCGCCUUAGUGYACAAGGGGGUCACACCUCACAACAUCACGCUGAACGAAGGCGCGGCGCAGCAGCUCGGACACGGCUGCCAUAACCUGAGCAUAGCUGCGUCCAACAGGGUCACGACCUUCGGCGUGUCRUCUCAUCUGGUGCUGUGUCUGCUGGAGCCUGUUGAGGGCCUGCUGGCUUCRGUGAUAGAGGAGGCGGGUGCGUGUCCGGAUUCCACCGAUCUCAUAAUUGGUGUCACAUUGGAGCAAGGAGCUCCGGUGGAGCUGCUCUUUAAUCUCACUGGAGCCAGGGACACGCUGACAGAAUCCAGACACAUGCUUAAUAACACCUUGCAAACGUAUACGUUCUCCAACCCACUUGAAGGACUUUUGACAGUGAAAGUACAAGCUGUGAAUGCUUUUUCUGUCUCUCACGUGGAUGUGGACUUGGAGACGAUACUUCAGACCUGUCAGAAUUACUCUGCGAGUCAAGAUGGAAACACAAAAGAUAACAUGACCGCUGACAGCACUACAGAUUUGAAGAUAAUUGCUUCCCCUGACACUGUGGUUGACCAGACUCYGAGCGUUACACUGACUGGAGCUGGAGCUGAUUCAGUACACGGCAAYAAAAUACUUGACUUUGAAUGGAAAUGUAAAGGAAACUGUUCGUGCAAAAACAUAACAAAGAAUGAAACUCACAUUAUUGAAAAAGACUGCCUUCCAAAUCCAUUUGAAAUGCUUGAAUACACUUUAACUGUGAGGAAAAGAACUUGGUUUAGAAGAUGGGUGGACCAUGCCUCAGCAUCCAAGUGCAUCAGCGUUACUCCUUCGAAUGAGUUGAGAAAUGUCACCAUCAGUUGCGAUAAUUGUGCUUCAUUAAAUGAGAGCGAUCAUGCAAAACUAAGCCUGAAGUGUGUGACAACUUGCCCAGAUGUAGUUUGGUUUAUUGAAGAUCCCAAACCUCUGACAGGUGACCUCAGUGAAUGUUACUCUAAAGCAGAAAGAAGGCCGCCUAUCGAGCAGCAGCAUGGCAGCACUGAAUACACAGUUAACAGCCGACAUCUGAGCAUUUCAAGGGGCACGCAACGUAACAUCAACGUGAUUGUUUAUGGCAAGACUGUGCCUGGUUUYAUCAAAUACAGCAUUCCAACAUCAGGUCCUGACAGCGCAGCCACAGUUGACCCUCCAGCUGUCCCAUCGUGCAGCAUCUCUCCAUCCUCAGGAACUGUGUUUGAUGCUUUCAAAAUUACCUGCAUGGCAACAUCUUUCUGCUCUACCGGCUGUCUUUACUGUUUUAAAACCAACACAGAUAAACCUCUUGGGUGCAGUGACACAAAUGAGGURAAAUCAGUUUUCCUGCCUCUGGGAGACGAGACCAGCAAUUACAGUUUGUCUGUGGUGGUGACCAUGAAAAAUAAGAAUGCAACAAUYAAAACCACUGUUGACACYCAGGUCUGUUGUGUUCUAUUGUUGYGUCCUAAAAAGGACAGAAACGACUCUUCUUGAUGAAAAAUACUGAAAAACGUGUUUAUCUUUGWCAAGGUACGAAAAAGUAACUCCAGCGCCUCCAUGAAAACUCUGCAGUCUGCAGUGGAGGAGACUGUAAACCAGCUAGAGCAGCAAGGCCUGCUCUCUGGUGAGAGGCUUGGACAAAUAUUCACUUCAGUGUCUGACAUGUUAAACUUGGAGGCUGGCCAAGAUCAGAAGGAAGAUCGGUCAAAGCUUAGAGAGCAGAUGUUGACGAAAAUGACAGGGGUUUUAACGGAUUCCCCCAGCAACACAACCCAGGAAGUGCAAAUGACGGCCAAGGCUGUGGCUGGACUCACACAGAUCUCAGAUGAGCUCACACCUGCUGCUCAGGAAGAAGCAGGCUCUUUACUAGUAAACCUCAGCUCCUCCCUGAAGACGAUAAGUGUCCAUCAGCUCAGCAGGGGAGAUGAAGAUGAAGUCGUGCWUGCAGCCACGCCAAUAGUUGAAGCAGCCAGUAAUAUUUUGAAUGUUUCAUCAAAUAAAAAAGUCUCAGAUUUCCUCCUGACUGGGAUCAAUAACAUUCAGAGUGCUUUGCUAAAUAAUAAAAAGGUGGAUGGACAACCUGCCAUCAUUGAUUCUGGUCAGAUCAGUGUGUAUGUUAACAGAAUGACAUCUGAAGACAUGCGAAUGCAACAGAUAAAUGUCCAGAAGAAAAGUUCCUCCAAAUUUUCAUUCCCUUCACUUCCGGUUGAUGUUGUCUCGUUGGAGGAGCCAGUGGAUAUCAGAAUGAUGAGUUUAGACAAGAACCCAUAUUCAUGGAAGGAGGAAAACAUCACAGGAACUGUGGGAUCUCUUUCGCUCACUAGAAUGAACGGCACCAUCAUACCUGUUGAGAACUUACCAGAAGAAAUCGAAAUUCUUCUGCCAAGACUUGAUGUUGAGCAAGAGAGCAGUACAGUCCUUGACCUUGCCAAUUUCAGCACGCUAAUGAUCGACGUACCGUCAUCCGAGGUGACACUGGUGCUGAAAAUGGAGCCAUCUGAAGAUAUAUCUUUUUUGGUAUUCCUGGGAUAUCAAAAUUAUCCCAAUGCUGAGAGCAAUGUAGCCAAAACUCAAAUCCCUUUAGAGAACACAAAUGAAGAGGAGAAAUUUACCUGGGUGCUGAGUCCCAAAGAUCGAACAGGAGAUGUUGGAGUGCACUAUCUUGUGAUAAAACCAAUUGUAGAGCCGGGCAUCAAAUCCAUCAAUGCCACUGUUGCSGUCACUUCCAUUGCUGCUCAGUGCAAAUAUUGGAAUGAAACCACAUCAUCUUGGAGUGAAGAUGGCUGCAGAGUUGGACCACUCACCUCACCUUUGGUCACUCAGUGCCUCUGUAACCACCUAACUUUUUUCGGCAGCUCCUUCUUUGUCAUGCCAAACUUGGUGGAUGUGUCCCGUACUGCUGAACUUUUUGCUACGUUUGCUAACAAUCCUGUGGUGGUGUGCUUUGUGGGGGCAAUUUUUGCUGUUUAUCUGCUGGUGGUUGUGUGGGCACGCAGGAAAGACAUCCAGGAUUUAUCCAAGGUCAAGAUAACAGUUCUUGAGGACAAUCACCCAUUGGCAGAGUAUGGUUACAUGCUGACCAUUAGUACAGGCCACCGCCAUGGUGCAGCCACUUCCUCUCAGGUAACCAUAACUCUGACAGGAACAGAGGGGGAAAGUGAACCUCACCACCUGACAGAYCCUGAAAAGCCUGUGUUUGAGAGAGGCGGGGUGGACAUGUUUCUGCUGACCACUCACUUUUCUCUUGGGGAUCUGCAGAGCAUAAGACUGUGGCAUGACAACUCUGGAGAACACCCUGCAUGGUAUGUCAAUAAAGUAAUGGUCCAGGAUCUGGAAACUGGUCAGAAAUGGCAUUUCUUGUGUAACUCCUGGCUGGCUGUGGAUGUGGCGGAGUGCACUCUUGACAGGGUCUUCUUUGUAGCCACAGAAACUGACUUGAAGAGAUUUAGUAACUUGUUUUUCAUGAAGACAGCCAAGGAUUUUCGAGAUGGCCACAUCUGGUUUUCCGUCAUCAGUCGACCUCCCUGUAGCACUUUCACACGUGUACAGCGAGUGUCCUGCUGUUUUUCCCUACUGCUGUGCACCAUGCUGACAAGCAUUAUGUUUUGGGGCAUUCCCAUAGACCCCUCUGAACAAACUAUGGACCUAGGUCACAUCGAGUUCACAUGGCAGCAAGUUAUGGUUGGAAUUCAAAGUUCGAUCAUCAUGUUUCCCAUCAAUCUCCUUAUUGUGAGCAUCUUCAGAAACACUCGCCCUCGAGAGAAAACUGCCAGAACAGACGGGUCCAAACAGGGGACCACUGUUAGAGUUUCCCCCUCACAAACUUCAUCCCCUCAGAAGGAGGUGAAGGAGAUCACUCCAGACACUGUGAUCAAGGACAUUAAGAGAAUUGCUCAGUCACUCUCAAAAACUACAAAGAGUGCGCUGCCGCAUCUUGAGCUCCAUCCUGGUCAGCAGACAGACAUCAACACUCUACUGUCUGUGGUGGAGGACAUCAUUAGACAGCAGAAUCGAGCAGCCGGGGAUUUCUACAGCAACUCCAAGAAGGAUUGUGCUAUGAUUCUCAGUUUAGGCUCAGUAAAUCUUCAUGAAAACAAUGUGUGGGGAAACCCGGAGAAGACACCUGAGGAAUUUCAGAAGAAGACCAACAACAGCCGGUGUCUAUACAAGCAACUGCGUCAUGUCGAGAAGGAGCUUGGUCUGCUGGGACCCUCUCGUUUCCCAAACACUGAGAGCUACAACAGGGCUAUGCAGCAGGUUCAGGGAAUGAAGAGACAUUUGGAGUUCCACCUGUCCUCAUCCAGCCUGGAUGGAGAUCAGUUCAGUCGCAGCCCCAGUCCCGAACAGAGGGUCGACGAUGGUGCUCAGAAGAAGUGUUGCCAAGGAGGACUGCCAUGGUGGUUUGUGUUUGUUGGGUGGACAAUGGUGAUUGCAACUAGUGGUGUGUCAGGAUACUUCACCAUGAUGUAUGGACUGACGUAUGGGAAGGACCGCUCUAUAAACUGGCUUGUCUCCAUGUUGGUGUCCUUCUUUGAGAGUCUUUUUAUUACCCAACCUCUGAAGGUUCUUGGAUUUGCUGCUUUCUUUGCUCUGGUUCUGAAGAAAGUUGACCAGGAGGAGUUUGGAGAGCCUCAGAUAGACGAGAACCUCAGAAAUAAAAAUGAUCCUGAUGUAGUGCGAGCAGCAAGAAGAGACAGCACAUGUAGCUACUAUCAGCCACCACCUCCUACUGACAUCGAGAAGAUGAGAAGGAACAUGAUUAAAGAGCAAAAAGUCUUUGCCCUCAUCAGAGAGAUUCUUGCCUACAUGGGAUUUAUGUGGGUGUUGCUUCUGGUGGCAUACGGUCAGCGGGACCCCAACGCUUAUUUUCUGACCCGUCACAUUCAACAAAGUUUCAGCAAAGGUGCCUCCAACUCCAAAAGUAUUCAGGACGUGUUCACUUGGGCAAACACAACUCUAUUGAGCAACCUUUUUGGGGAUUACCCAGGAUUCAUCACCGAUGGAAACUCAAAGCUGGUUGGUAACGCUCGUCUUCGCCAGGUGAGGGUGCAGAAAAACUCCUGCCGCAUUCCUCGCUCCAUGCAGCGGUCUGUGCCCGACUGUCACGCUCCAUACUCGUGGGACUUGGAGGACAUGGGCUCCUAUGGGCCAGGCUGGAUCCAAUCUGUGGGCGAUAAUACGUCACUGGAUCCUCACAGUCCAUGGGUGUACAGGUCUCAAAGUAAACUGAGGGCUUAUCCCAUCUGGGGCAGAAUGGCGCUCUACAGAGGAGGCGGGUUUGUGAUGGAUCURGGCACAGAUUURCAGAACUCAACUAGAAUCCUUCGAUAUCUUUAUGACAGUACUUGGCUUGACACGUACACACGAGCAAUCUUUGUCGAGUUCACCGUGUACAAUGCAAAUGUUAACCUCUUCUGCAUUGUCACACUCAUGCUGGAGACUAUGGCCACAGGAGCUUUCCAGUUCCACAGUGAGCUUCAGAGCGUGCGUCUUUACCAGUCGACCGGUGGCCUCCACAUCUUUGUCAUGGCUUCUGAAAUCGUCUACUUUCUCUUUGUCAUCUAUUACAUGUUUGUUCAGGGAAAGCUAAUGAGGAGAGAAAAGUGGGCAUAUUUCAAAAGUAAAUGGAACCUAAUUGAGUUGGGGAUCAUACUUCUCAGCUGGAGYGCACUCUCUGUCUUCAUCAAGAGGACUUUACUGGGGAAGAGGGACAUGAACUUUUAUCAGAAUAACAAAGACCAAUUUGCCAGUUUUUAUGAGACGGCCCAGGCCGACGCAGUGCUUGGGUAUCUAAUUGCCUUUCUAGUUCUGCUGGCUACAGUCAAACUGUGGCACCUGCUGAGACUUAACCCAAAGCUGAACAUGAUUACAGCCACACUGCAGCGCGCUUGGACUGAUAUUUCAGGCUUCCUGGUGGUCAUGACCAUCAUGUUCCUGGCCUACUCCAUUGCUUCUAACCUGAUGUAUGGGUGGAAGUUGUACUCCUACCGGACUUUGCUUGACGCUGCACAAACUAUAGUCAGCUUGCAGCUUGGUAUUUUUAACUAUGAAGAGGUUCUAAACUAUAAUCCGGUGCUUGGGGCUUUCUUCAUUGGCUCCUGCAUUGUUUUCAUGACCUUUGUGGUGUUGAACCUCUUUAUCUCUGUGAUUCUUGUGGCGUUUACUCAAGAGCAGAUCCAUCACAAGCCAUCCGAAGAGGAGGAAAUUGUUGACCUGAUGUUGAUGAAACUCUGCAGUUUGUUUGGACUUAAAUUUAAGAAGCAAGUGGGUUACGGCCAAGCUGAAGGGCCCAGUUCAUCUGCUUCAAAUAGCAAACUCUUGACCAUUUCUUCUCAAGAACUUGAGUGAAGUAUGUGUUUAUCCUAGUUUAAUAUAACAACCCCAGUCUGCUGUAACUUACCUGAUUUUGUUGCGAAGUGUAUGCUUUGUUACAUAACAUUAGUCCUUGCAAGUUAAUCAGUAAUGGUUAUCUAUACUACUCCAGAUCUGUCACUAUUGCAUGCUAAGCUGCAACAGGUAAUAUCAACUAAGUGUAACGCCUGCGUCAUUUAAGCUGCUUGCAUUUAGAGUGCAUAUUUGUUAAAUAAAUGGAUAGUUCUCGCAAAAUGUGUUUUGCUAAACGAGUGCUACAAUCUACAAAAUGUAAUAUUAUGUAUGGUAUGUAACCUAAGUGCAUUGCUGUACAUAGAYGUUGUAGCUAAAAUACAUCAUUAUAUUUUGAGUUACUAAUUGACUCAAUGCUUGACAAACUAGAUAAGUACUGAAUAAAACUUAUUUAAAAUUGUUGCAUUA